AUGAGAUGCAAACAAGUUUCAGAAUCGAUUCUUAUCGCGCUGACUGUGCCAUCCGAGUUUGAUUUUUUACAAUCAUCAGAAGAAACACAGGAACAACAAAAAGCUUAUUUGCAUUGGAAAGGCUACGACAGAAGAUUGGAUACUUGGGUGGAAUGGUCUAAAAUCAAAAAAUACACAACUGAUGUGACAGAUAGCGAUUACGAUCUGGAGUCUUUGGAAAGUGACGGACACGAAGGUAUAGACAAAAAUUACUUGUUGUCUCAUGUCGAAGUGACGAAAUUUAAAUCGAUCGAAUUGAUCAGAUUGGGCAGAUACAUAAUAAGCUGUUGGUAUUUUUCGCCGUACCCAAAGUACGUGCAGAAUUCAAAAUGUUUAUACUUGUGCGAAUAUUGUUUGGCUUUUUUCCGUUUUGAAUCAGAGAUAUUACAGCACAAACAGAGAUGCGCAUUACGGCAUCCUCCUGGGAACGAAAUUUAUCGCCACAAUAACCUAUCUGUGUGGGAGGUUGAUGGAGGAUUGGCCCGGGUUUAUUGUGAAAAUUUGUGCUAUCUGAGCAAACUCUUUUUAGAUCAUAAAACUCUGAAACAUCCGGUUAAUUUGUUUUUGUUUUAUAUUUUGACAGAAAAAAAUGAUUAUGGCUUUGAAAUAGUAGGAUAUUUCUCCAGAGAAAAAUAUAGUUAUAACAAUGUCAGCUGUAUUUUAGUGCUACCGCAGUGUCAACGCAAAGGUUUUGGACAGUUUAUGAUUGCGUUUUCUUAUCUUUUAUCUCUUCGAAGAGAACGGAGAGGAACGCCAGAACGUCCACUAAGUGAUUUAGGACGCGUCAGCUAUGAAAGUUUCUGGAAAGAAAACAUAUUGAGAUCGAUUACCGAGUCAAACAAUAUCUCAUUAAACGCGCUAGCCGCAGAACUGGCUUUCACUAUAGAUAAUCAUUAA